UGCAGACAAUCCUGAUUUACUUGAUUCACACUUGCUUGCUGAACAUCUUAGACAGAUUCUCCGCUACGAUCAUUCCUUUUCCUUAAAUGUCUCAGUGGUUGCCAACAGCUGGGAGUGGUGGAGCCACUGGCACGGGGGCCGCAGCGAGUGGAGCACAGGAGGAACCGCCACCACCCCAGAGGCGCAAGGUGGCGGACCAGAAGGACGCGUCUCACAAACUCACCAUUCAGCUGGAGGCGAGGAUGAGGGAGCAGGAGGCAGGGGGCUCGCACUUCAAGUGCCCGUGGGGCCACCCUGUCAUCAUGGCGAUGAGCAGCGCAGGGCAGCGAUACGACAGUUCGGUGAAAGCAGCGGGAGCGCAACGCACAUUCGGGUCGCCACACUUGCACGCUUUCAUCGCGAUGCUGGACGCACUGACAAUGACAGACACAACAGGAAAAGACAACGAGGUGCAUAUGAUAUUCAGAGCAGCCGUCAGGCUCAAGGAGUUCGCGGAAGGAGGCAAGCCAGACGACCUGGAGGAGUGGGUUCACAGCUGCAGGGCAAGCGAGUACUUCAAGAAGGCCAGCCAGCAGCCGUUGCAUUGCAUCGUCUUCAGCGCAUCAGGUCACUGGCCGCUCGCCAAGACGCCAGAGGAAGACCUCGAGAUUCAAAGCGUAUAGUAUCAUCCCAUGGAUAUCGACACGGCCACAAACAAGGCCUGGAUUCAGGUCGACCGGCUGCUCACGCAGGCACUUCGUCACGUGGGGGCCACGAGAUUGCCGGGGAAAGCUCCGGUGGGGGGAUUGGCUUAUCAGAUGCGCAGACAGUAAGCAUGGCGCUGCUGCUCUCAGCAGCAUCAUCAAGACCAGUAGCUGAGCAGACAUGUGAUGUGGGUGAGCUUUUUUCGGACAUACCUAUUGCAGCUGAUGGGAUGGGAUUGUCAGUGCCAGUUGAUAGCGAUAUAGCCAUGGAUGGGAGUUAUCUUAUUUCAGCUCCUGUGCACGCUGCAGAUAGACUACCAGUGAAUG